GAGAUACAGAGAGAGAGAGAGAAAGACGGCUUUCCACCGCAGUUUCCAUAAAUCUUUCAGACAAUCUUCAAAAUUCGCAGAUCUUUGGUCUUAUUUGUGAUGGCGCAUCAGGACAACUUGGAUCAUCGGUGUAUUGAUUCAGACGCACAAGAUCCUACUUCAAUGACCAUUGAAUUUCUCCGUGCACGUUUACUUGCUGAAAGAGCCGUUUCCAAGAGCGCUAGAGCAAAGCUUGAUGGACUCGCUGAUAAAGUAGCAGAGCUGGAGGAACAGCUCAAGAUUGUGUCUUUACAGAGAAAGAAGGCAGAACAGGCAACUGCAGAUGUCCUUGCAAUCCUUGAAGAAAAUGGGUUUACUGAUUUCUCGGAUGCUUAUGAUUCAAACUCUGAUCAAGAAAGCUAUUCUCAGACUAAUUCAGUGUCUGGCAAAAGUCUAUCCUGGAAAGGCCGUAGGAGAGAAGCAGGUUCUUCCGACAAGAUCAAGGAAUCACGUAAUAGAAGACAAAGAGGUUUUGACUCUGCUUAUUUUGCCUCGCCUAGACACCGUCAAGGAAGAUCUUGUCGACAAAUAAAACGCAGCGAAUCAAGAAUUGUAUCUGAAGAUCAUAAGAGAGAUGGAAAUACAGUUGUUGAUCUUCAAGGAAACGGAGUUCGUACUGAAGUGCUUCCUAACACGAGUGAGGAAGCAUCCAGAACUGUUGUUGAUGUUACGGUUGUGAAGGGAGACGAAAGUUUGCAGAAGUUGUCAUAUUCAAAUGUUUUAGAGAAGAGAGACCGUAUGGACAUCAACUUAGAGAGAGCUUUAGAAAAUCGUGCACAAGUUAUUGGGUCUUUUGAAGAUAUGGAAGAGACUCAAAAGCAAUGGGAGAAAAAGUUCACAGAGAAUAAAUCCUCUGCCCUGGAUUUAUGUGACGUAGGAAACCAUUCAGAUGUGACAGAUGAAAGUAAUGGGGAAAAAGUCCAAGCUCAGCUUCAAGUUUCCACAGUAGUGCCCUCACUCCAUGAUACAAAGUCUAUAGCCAAUAAAGUUAACUUUAGGGAAUCGUUUGAAACUUUGUCGCAUGGUUCGCCUGAUAAUUCAGUAACAUCAUCUGAUAAGUGCUGCAAAAGCUGUGGUUCCAAAUCUGUGAAACAAGAUGCUGCUCAUUCCGGAGACAAAGGAAAACACAUUUCUGAGAGUCCUAAAAGUGAGUCUUCAUCAUCUAUUCGGUCAUCUCCGGUAACGCGACCAAACUCGAGAGGUGGUUCCUUUAGCAGUAAUGCCAAUACCAUCCAGAAAGUAGAUUAUCCCUUAGUUCCGGUGGCAAAAGAAAAGUCUGAUACCUGUGAUACUGUGCUCACUGCGCUAAAGCAAGCUAAGUUGUCUCUGCAAGAGAAAAUCAAUAGCCUACAAAUCAAAAAACCUGAGUAUCUUUUUGAAAGCUCAUAUCCUACUACAACGCCAGGCUCAUAUAUGAACGCAUACUCACUACAGAUAGAGCCAGCAUUUAAUACCAAAUCAUCUCUUCCAGCUUCCAGCGUUGGGUCCAUGGUAGAGUUUCCUGUUGGCUGUGCUGGACUUUUUCGAGUACCCACUGAUUUUUCACCUGAUGCAUCAACGAGGAACAACUUUAUAGCUUCGGGUUCUCAGAAAGCUCUUGUUGGCCAUAUACCUGAGCGACAUCAGCUUUUCACCAAAACAUCCCCAAGAGACUUCCUACAUGCUGGCUUCGAAAGCCAAUUACUAGACACUAGUCCUCCUCCUUCGUCAUUGGAUGACCGCCCUUUGACCACCCCAUACAUUGGUGGACCAAAACUGUGGGCAGGCUUCAGGGCCGAUGGCUUACCGAUGGUUGAUGCUCAAGAAUCCAGACUUUAUAAAGGUACAACAAGUGUUUUAGGCAGUGCUAUCUCUAAUGGAACAUCUGGUUUUGAACGACAAUGAGGAUGACCGAUUAGCCACGGCUGUUUACUGGGGAUGCGGGGAAUGAUUGAAGAAUACUUUACAAGUGGAUCACAAACUCUUCAUGCCACUUGAUCAAGAAAAAUAUGUGUUUAGUGUAGAAUUUGGUGACAAGUAAUCAGGCAACGAGGGUUUCUGAUAACUAAGAAAUGUUCCACCAAUGUCCUGAAAAUUAAUAUACGUGGUAUGUUAAAUAGACGUUAAAUAUGUAUCUUAGCUGUUGUGUUUAUUCAUUUAAUAUAAAGGUGGAUGCAUAAAUUCAUAUAUACCACUCUGCUUGUAAAUGAAAAAAAAAAAAUAUAUA